AUGAAAAUCACAAACAGCCUUACUCUUAUUGCCUUUGCAGCCCAGGCCUUGGGUUCUCCGUUGGGAAGUCGUUCCCCAGGGACUAUCGAGGCUCGUGCUGAGGACGUUGCAGAGCCGGGUAGAGCAGGUUGGCUGGUCGAAGACAGACGCCGAAGUGAAGAUCAGGCAGAGCCAGGCAGAGCCGGAUGGUUGGUUGAAGACAAACGUCGAAGUGAUGAUGUUGCAGAACCAGGUAGGGCUGGUUGGCUGGUAGAAGACAGGCGUCGAAGCGACGAUGUUGCAGAGCCGGGCAGAGCAGGCUGGUUAGUUGCCGACAAGUCUUAA